AUGCAGCACUUCUUUGAAGUCUUGCUGCCACAGUCUGGAAUGCUAGAGGAUCGUCAGCUGCUGAAAGAGAAGCUCUCGUCCCACAAAGCGUACCGGCAGUUCAGCGGCGAUGGAGAUGUUACCUGGAUGUCGCGGUUGGCAAAGUCUGCUCACGCCACCUACCACCUGCUGGAGGACAUUGUGUACAGCAGAAAGUAUGACAAUCAGCUCCGCACGGCAGGAAAAUCUGGAUCUGUGCCGGAACAAUUCAUGGAAUACACAGAAUUGAAGGAAGCCUGGGACAAGAUCACAGCCCUACUGUCCGAUGAGGCUGCUGAACGAAAGGCGCUAGCGGGACAGGCUCCAGAGAUGGAGGAUUCCGUCGCAGAUGACCCUGAAUCGGUGCAAUCCUUGCGCAAGGGGCCGAAUGCUUUUGUGCUUCACAGUGACAAGUAUUGGCUUGCGGUUGCGAACCAAACUGUUCGCACAUACGUAUCCCUGGCGCCUGAGCCGAAAACACAAGAAGCUGUCGUCCGGCACAUUCAGCAGGGUCCGCUCAAGGACAUUAGCGCUGGGGUGCUGGUGUUGUUGGAUUACAACCUCCUGGGAGAAUCCAUGGGACCGGGUGCAACAGAGGGUCUUCGCCGGAAAUACAAUCCGAGUGAAGAUGUUUUGCGCAAGCUACUGCACGGGGCAAUGCUUGCCCUUGGCGGCCAAAAGAAGGAAGACGAGCAGUGCACCCUUCCGCCAGAAGGGAUCAUAGUCUUCUUGCACUUGGGGGACCGGAGCGCGAAAGAGGCUCGGCACCUGUUCCGUCUGCGGACAGCGCGCGCCGAUGCAGCCAUCGACGCAGAGGAGAAAGAAAUUUGCAUCGGGUUUAAUGAUGAGAGCAUGCGCGCGCGGAAGAAACUCAGCCGAGGCAAUUACAGUGUGAAAGCCUCCAUGUUGGUUUACUCCAACAACACUCUCAUUCCUGGAACCAUCCCGGAGAAACAAUACCCACACCAUGGUGGGUGGAACUCCAGUGACUUGAUGGCCUUGGUGAAGGCCAUCCCGCCAGCAGAUUUGUGGUACGCUGCCAGGACUGACAAGGAAGAAAUCAUCGGAGCUGAUCGUACUGUGAAGCCGACUGACAGCUUUGUGGCGAAAGCCGGGCCGGCAGAUCCUGAUGCGGCUGAGUCCAUUUUUUCUGCCCAGUGCUUGCCGUGUGAGUUCUAUUCCGAUAUUGUCAAGGCUUUCUCAGGCAAGGCAGUUUUGGACCUCAGCAUCGGGCAAGGACAGGCAGCGCUCAGCUGCCUGCAGAAUCGCAUUUGCUACGUCGGCUUUGGGCUGACAGAGAAGCAUUGCGAAGCCUUGGAAAAGCGACUGACGCAGAAAGUCCUGGAGGAGAUGAAGCAGGAAAGCAGUACAUUCUACCGCCCUGAACUGGUGACCACCAAUGAAGGCCAGACUGGCACUGACACUGGUAAGGGGCCCAAGAGGCCAGGCGGCAAUGAUGGAAAGCCAGAACCCAAGAAGCCUAAGGGUGGCCCUAAGCCUAAGCCACAGAAUCAGAAGCCAGAGAAGCCAGAGAAGGACAGUAAUAAGGGCGAAGAGGCAAAGGAAGACGACGAUGACCGUCGCUCGGAUUCCUUGCCCUGGUAA